AUGAAGACAGAAUCUCCAGGCGGACCUUCCAUCCAUCCUGCCCCUUCCUCAAUCAAUCAGCUUGAAACUUCACAUGUGCAAGGUGAAUCUGAACCUAUUCCAGUAGAAGGACAAGAAGACUGGGCUGAAGAAUAUGAAGAGGAGCAGUUGGACUAUAAACCAUCUGCAGACGACCAGACUGGGCUCCUCGAAACAGGAGAACAAGAGGACUGGACAGAAGAGUAUGGGGAAGAACAGAUGGAGUAUGAUGUAGAAUUGGAUGAAGAAACUGAGGCUUUUGGUGCAGAAUUAGAGAGCCUGUUGCAGGGUGAUCUAGGUAUUAACAUGGUGUUCAUCUUGCCAGAAGGACAAGAAAACUCUCUGGAGGGAGACGUGUUCUCCCAGGAAAGUUUUGAGUGCAUAUUGGCAGAGGUAGAGGAGGCGCCAGAACAACAAACUCCUACUGCCAAAACAGGCGGAACUGCCAUGAAACUGGCUACAAAACAGCUUUGUUUUUCCAAACCAACCAAAGAGAUGGUCAAUCACCUCAGACCUCUGUUCAUAAUAGCCAACUUUGGGGGUCAGAAAGUCACGUGGGGAUCUCUUUCGAGAAAACCUUUUAGAAAGUCUUUUGUUGACUAG